AUGCCAGAGGAGGGGCGGGGCGGCGAGGGAAGUCUCACCGAUCAGGGCUCCAGCCCCAUGUAUACCAUUGCCAUCAACUUUGUCCUGGGCUCCAACACCGGCCUGCCACCCAAAGGUCCUGGACGAAAUGCCAUGUCAGGACUGAGUACCUGGGCAGAGUGCAGGGGAGGACCCCACUGGGAACAAAAGGCCAAGGACUUAAAGCCAUCAGUUUGCAACUUCAUGUCACAUGAAAAGUGCCUCAAGAAUGUCAAGAUACCAUGCUCAUGUAUUGCUCCCAGCCUUGUAAGGGUUCCAGUUGCACACUGUUUUGGGCCUCCAGGACAUUACAAAAGAAAGUUUUGCACUGUGUGCAGAAAGUCACUAGAGUCACCUGCCUUUCGAUGUGAAGUUUGUGAGCUACAUGUGCACACAGACUGUAUCCUGUUUGCUUGCAGUGACUGCCGACAGUGUCACCAGGAUGGGCACCAGGACCACGAUACUUACCACCACCACUGGAGGGAGGGAAACCUUUCUUCAGGUGCUCGUUGCGAAGUUUGCAAAAAAACCUGUGGCUCUUCUGAGGUGCUUUCUGGCAUGAGAUGUGAAUGGUGUGGCAUCCUGGCUCAUGCUGCUUGCUACAUAAUUGUCACACCAGAAUGUACUUUUGGAAGAUUAAGGAACAUGAUUCUUCCUCCAAGCUGUGUGCAGUUAUUUUCUCGUAACUUCAGCAAACUGCAUUGUUUUCGAAUAUCAGAAAAUUUGCAAACAGAAUCAGAUGAAGAUGAUGAUGUUGAUGGGUCAACACAGGGAUCAGCAAAAGAUGUCCAAAUUUCAACAGAUUCAAGUAAACAAACAUUAAAGAUAUUUGAUGGGAAUGAUGCAGUGAAACGCAAUCAAUUUCGACUGAUUUCAGUUCCAAGGAUUGCAAAAAAUGAAGAAGUUGUGGAAGCUGCUUUGAGGGCGUACUACAUAAAUGAUGACCAGCAGGAGUAUGAGCUUCAGACCUUUACACAGCAGGCACUGCUGUCUGAUGAUGUUAUCAACAGGAACGAUGCUGGAGAGGACAGCAACUUGGGCUCGGUAUUCCGAGAAUCCAUUCCUGAAGCUUGGAUCAUCAGAGCCAAACCAAAGGAUGAGGAAGUGAUCAGAAUUUAUCCUGCCUGGCUGAAGGUGGGAAUGGCAUAUGUUUCUAUACGAGUAAAUAAGGACAGCACUACGCAGAGUGUGAUCAAAGAAGUGCUUCCAUUACUUGGAAGGCAGGCGGAGUGCCUACAAAAUUUCAAAUUGGUGGAAGUGCUUAUGGGCAGUAAGCAAGUUCAGCGCAUGGUCCUGGACAAUCAGGAACUGAUUCUUAACAGACUCAAGGACAUAAGAAAGACUUCAAUACGUCAGAUGAAUCAAACAAGAUUUUACAUUGUGGAAAACAGUAAAACCAUUGUACAAGUAAAUUUAUUUGUUGGUGGUCUUCCACCUCAACUUUCCCCUGAAGAAUACACAAAUAUUCUCAAGGAUGAAUUAGCUAUCAAAACAAAUGUAGUAUCUGUGAGUCAUGUUUAUCAAGCACAAGGUGCUGUUGUACUCGAAAUUUCAUGCUUUUCUGAAGCUGAAAGAAUAUAUAUGCUAGUUAAAGACACAACUGUCAAUGACAAGCCUCUGAAUGCUGUGGUGAUUCCUGAAGUUAUGGCUUCCAAGAUACCACAGAACUGCUGCCCACUUCUUGUAUUUGUGAAUCCAAAAAGUGGUGGUCUGAAAGGUCGGGAUCUGCUGUACAGUUUUAGAAAGCUGCUAAACCCACAUCAGGUCUUUGAACUUACCAAUGGUGGCCCACUGCCUGGGUUUCACACAUUUUCUAAAGUCCCUUCCUUCCGAGUGCUGGUGUGCGGAGGGGACGGCACCGUUGGCUGGGUCCUUGGUGCACUGGAGGAGAUCAGACACAAGCUGGUGUGCUCAGAGCCCUCGGUUGCCAUCUUACCUUUAGGAACAGGUAAUGACUUAGGGAGGGUCUUGCGCUGGGGAGCUGGUUACAGUGGGGAGGACCCCUACUCGAUUUUGGUUUCCGUGGAUGAGGCGGAUGACGUUCUUAUGGAUCGCUGGACUAUCCUUUUGGAUGCAGAAGAGCCAGCUGAAGGUGCAGAGAAUGGUGUUGCAGAACCUGAGCCUCCAAAGAUUGUACAGAUGAACAAUUACUGUGGUCUUGGCAUUGAUGCAGAGCUGAGCUUGGACUUUCAUCAUGCUAGAGAAGAAGAACCAGGAAAAUUUAAUAGCAGGUUUCACAACAAAGGAGUUUACGUGAAAGUUGGGCUGCAGAAGAUAAGUCAUACCAGAAAUCUUCACAGAGACAUAAAGCUUCAAGUGGACCAGCACGAGGUGGAGUUGCCAAGUAUAGAAGGACUCAUUUUUAUUAAUAUACCCAGCUGGGGGUCCGGAGCUGACCUCUGGGGGUCUGAGAGUGAUAACCGCUUUGAGAAACCACGCAUCGAUGACGGCCUGCUGGAAGUCGUCGGUGUGACUGGCGUCGUCCAUAUGGGUCAAGUCCAAGGUGGUUUUCGAUCAGGAAUACGCAUAGCCCAAGGCUCAUAUUUUCGUGUAACACUCCUAAAGCCAAUUCCAGUUCAAGUUGAUGGAGAGCCCUGGAUUCAGGCCCCUGGCCAGAUUAUUAUUUCUGCUGCAGGACCAAAGGUCCAUAUGUUGAAAAAAUCCAAGCAGAAACAAAAAAAACCUGGAAGCCUGAGAGAAAUGAGGGUGGAUAGCAUGCCAGUAUCUGAAGGAGGACGCUAAGUGGAGACCUGUGCUCAGAAGUGAUGCAGCACACCUACUGUAGAUACCAAGAUGGUUCAGUAAAACCGAGCGCAGACAACUAGGGAAGAGGGUUGCUUAUUGAGCGUGCCUUUCAUUACAUUUUGAUAGUACUGGGUUCUACUUCAUCGUUCAAAGAUAGUGCCUCAUUGUUGCAAAUAACUACUAUGUACCACUUGUCUCAUCUGAAAUGUUGACUUUGGGUUGCUUUUCCAUAACCUUUUUCCCAGUUUCUCAUGUAUACAGAAACUGAGGCCAAAUAGAGAUUCCAAGAUGCUGAGAUUUCUGCAUCUACCUUCACAAAUACUAUUCCCCUCCUCCCAGCGUUUUCGUAAAGAAAAUCAUUCCAUAGACAAAUUUUGGUGCAUUGUUCCAUGAAUGAAAAAUGUGUUCUUUUAAAUUAAUGCUCACAGUAGCCUCCCAGCUAAAAAAAGUCAAAGAUGUGAGCUGCCGAGAACUCCUUGGAUGAGUCCAAAUAGCACGGCUGAAACAGUACUACCGUAAAGAGAAAAAUACAAAACACAGGAGAGAUUAUUUCUAUAAAAGGAGCCCCGUGCAGGGGGAAGAGAGAAAGUACUAGAACAGUUGAGGCAAAAUAUUUCAGAGAGUUUACUUCAACAGUAUUUGGAUAGUAUGAAUGAAGGGGAAACAGCUUGUAGGGCAAGUUUUCAACUGCAGCUUAGUUUAUCCUAGAUUAUUCAGCCAAAGCCUGUUUAAAAGGCAUUUGAAUUUCAGCAGCUACUACUCUAACGUAAAAAAGGAACAAGAAUACCCAAGGCAGUAUUAUGUCACACUGAUUUUUUUUCUGUCAUUGAAACUGUUAUCUUUGACACCAGACUUCCCUUCUUGUCUUCACUUGUGCUGUUUCAUUUUCAUUAAUUUGUCACAGUUGGACUGUUACUGAACAGCAACCUCAAAGACUAAAAGAGUCAUCAGUAAUUAGGGUAAAAAAAGUACCAUUUAAUGUUCACUUAAGUAAAUGAGCACAGUCCUAUGUUAGAGCUGAAGUACAGAGCAGCUUUUCUGAGGAGCCUUAGGAGGUAUUGAGGCCCGUAGUGUGUAUGUAACAUGCUGUAGGCAUCAGAUAACUGGGAAUGCAAUAGCUAUCAUGAAAACUCACUUGCCUGGUCAGCCUUCUCCAGUCCUCGGUGGAUGUUGUUACCAGGCGUGGGCCCAGGGACACAGCGACUGUCUUUUCUCACUUGGAUGAGUGUGUGCUCUUUGGAUCAGAGAGAGAUCGCCUCUCUGUGCUUACCCAUCUGCUGAAAAUGUGGGGAUCCAGUGCUUCUUUUACAGCUUCCUGCCAGAGGCUGGCGCUAGAGCAGGCAUGGACCUGCCAUACACUACAUACACCUGCUGUCCGUGCCAUAGUUGUGUUGGUCUGCACCCACAUCGCUGCUGCUCUCAUCUCGCCGUGAUUCUCCAGGGACUGAACCUUUCACUUCAGGUCAGCAUCACACACAAGCCAGCUGUGGUGCAGGGGCCAGCGUGGUUUUGCGACUUGUACGCAUCUGCUGCUUGGAGCUACUUUAAUGUUGGCCAGAGCCCCCUUAGCUAGCCAGUGGGCUAGCUUGUCCUUUAUUGCACAGUAAUAAUUAAUUCAGCUGUGGAUGGCAUGAAUUCAUCACUCAAGCGGCACCUAUAGGAGCGUUCCUCUUGCCAGUGUGUCUAGAAAAACAUCUCCAGCUGUUCCAGGGGACUUCAGUGUAACAUUGAAAUACACAAAAGCCGCUUUGUGUCGGAGCCAGUUAUGUGCUGCGGCAUUUCUUGCUAGGUCUUGCUGAUCAGUCUGUACUCUAAGCACUGUGCCAGCUCCAGCAACAUCUGAUCAUUACCUGUGCUUUUUACUUUCCAGUCACGUUGCAAUGAGGGUGUGAAUGUGGGUGCUGCAAGACAUCCAUUUAUAGCAACAGAAUGAUAUAGCUAAUGCUAUAAACGGAGACAAAACAGCCAUGCAAAAAUGGCAUCUGCCUGCAGCCUCGCCUUCCUGUCCAGUGAUUCCUUCUAUUCUUUAGUGUUCUGGUAGAGAUGCUUUUGGGGCACUGACUCCUGUUUUCAAUGAAGCCUGUUACUAGUUGUUUAAAUUGUUAAUUUAAUUUUAGGGAUGUUCUUCAAGUACCACCCUGUGGACUACGACUUACCUUUUUAUUCAACGUGCAGAUUGGACUCAUGCUAUUGAAGGAGAUAGUUGGAUAGUACAGAGCUAAAGGCCUCAUCUCCUGAUCAUUUAACACAGGGUUGUCUCUGCUUCAGAACCUGGGCUUGAAGGAUCAGCUGGAGCUCUUCUGGCAUCCUGGCACCAGCUUUUCAAGUAGGAAGGGUGAAAUGUGGUAUUUCAGGAUAUGCCCUCUCAGGAUGAAGCUCUCAAAUAAGAGAGGAUAUCUGAAAUAGAUUGCUGCUUGUAAUUGUCCAGAAAGCUGGAGGAACUGCUUUAUGUCCUCAGGGCAGCAGAAAGAAUCGUUCCAACUGCUGACUCCGUAAUGGAGAGUAAAACUUGACUUUUUGUUGCAGAAAAGAUGUGUAAGCAUUAAGCUUGCUGGUAUUGACCGUUCUUCAGCCCUAGUAAAUAAACCUGUCUUAAUGUUUUUCCAGACAUACAUCAUCCUGCAGGAUGCACCUUGACAGUGUUUCAUGUUCCUGGCUCAUUAAGGGCCUGGCUGUCUCUCCCUGUUGCUCUGUAUCUGUGGUCUGAAAUAGCAUGAAACUCUCAGGCCACGGUAUUUUAAUCAGAGGGCCCCUUACUGUGGCAUAUCCUUCCAUGGGCAUUUUCCAUCCCUGGAACACUGUACGAGCCUGUCUCGGGGUAGCGUCAUUGUAGCAAUUAUGAACUUGUUCUCACAACUGCCAGGGGGAUCCUGGUGGAGGACAGGAAGGCUUUUGACUUUUCCCUUUUCUUGCCCUUUUUCCAGAAACUGACUCUCACAUGUUUGAGCAGGUGAUUGCCACACUGGAACGAAAACGUAUCUUAAGAAAAACACACUUGGCAUUCAAAGUCUCUGUGCAUCAUAAAAUGAUUCUUCGUGUGCUUUGAAGACACAGCAGACUCCUGGGCAGCUGAGAUAGGAAAGCUCCUGUAAAGCUUUUAAAAGGAGAAGCUCACUAUUGAACCCCUCUAUUAAGAAAUUCCAGCUUCAGGUGCUGUGAAGGCCAGUAUAUCAAGAAUAAUUUUUUUUUAUUAUUUUAUAUUUUUUUUACAUUUUCAUCGCAGUCAGAGGCCUGGUAUUUUCUUCCAUAGUAUCCAAGACUUCCUUGAAGAGAGGAGGUAACUCUUUGUGGUUAAUACAUAACAUUUUGGCUUAGCCUUUCCUUUGAACAAAACAGUGCAGUAUAAUUUACACGGUAGUGGGCACAUAAAUGAUUCUUGGCAUGGAGUCUUUGAGUAACAUUGUGUGAGAACCUAGUGGUUACACGGACGAGUGCUUUAAAUAAUGCAGCAAGAAAAGUGAUGGGAAGAGGCUUGCUUCUGUCAGGACAGGUGUUAAAUCAACAUCCGGGAGACAGGACCAGGAACCGUAAUCUAUAGACAGGGAGGAGGUGCGGGCUCAUUGCUAUCCUGAGCGCGCUCCUUCAUCCUCUCUCUGCUGCCCUGCUUUUUUACCUUGCCUACAAACCGUGGCAGGCACAGAUUGCACAGCGAGCGUCUCUACUGCUGAGAUGCGCGCUCCUCACCACCUCCUAGUGUCCCACUAGGCUUUGCCAGCGUGGGGGAGAGAAGGGGCCUGAAAGUCACGGUGCAUUUCAAAUACCCUGCUGUUGCAGACGAGAGAAGGCAGUGAGUUGGUUAAAACCUGUUUUGAUGGGUAAACACAUUACCUCUGUCUUGAAUUAGGAGAACCGAAAUUCAAAAGCUCAUCCCUGAGAUACAGGUGCUACUUCAGAAAAUUUGCUGCUUUUUCCCCAUGGCUUUUAUGCUUGAUUUAUAUAGUUUAAAUUGCUGAUAUUUUCAUUGCAUUGAUUUUUAAAUGAAACAGCAUUAUUUUGCCAAAACCUUUCUGCUUAUUUAUAUAUGUGUAUAUAUGUGUGCGUGCACAUAUAUGUGUAUACACACAUACGUACACACACCCUUUAAAAAUAGGCCUUACUGUAUUUCCUUUCAUGGUGCCUACUUGCACAGAUUUUGCUGUGCUACAGCGUACUGCUAGCACUCGCUUCUGGAUCUUUCUCUCACCAGUUUUGGACAGAAGACAGAGCUUGCUUCCUUACUGGUCCCCCCGAGGUUCCCAGCAGAUAUUUCUAAUGGACAUGUGCUUUCCAACAAGACAUGACAGCAAUACAGCGAAAGCACAACUGUGUUCAGAAUACAGGCUCUGCAUGUGUACCGUCUGAGCUCCUCUUUAAUCAAGUCUCUGUGGGUCUAAAAUCAACGGUGAUGGUUAUUGUAGCAUUUUUAAAAACUAGAAGAAGCUGUAGCGUAGUCCACUGCAAGAUGUAAAUAAGGAACAAAAUUAAAUGAAAUUUUAUAGACAAUUGUUCAUUAGUCUUCACAGUUACCCUCUUAGAAGUAUUGUACAGAUUGCAUUUCUUUAAAGAACAAAUAAUAUCCUUGUUUUGAGUAUCAGCUGUUUGGAAUUGCUAAGCAUUUACAUGUGCACGUUACUCUGCAGCAGUCUGUUGGUGUAUGAAUGUGUCAUUAUCCAAUGAAGCCUCAUUUUGUGGGAGAAGGUGAGUGGAGCUGUUAUGACACUUAACAAGGACUUGCAUUGAAGACACAACAGAUUUAGCUGCAUAGGUAUUUUGUAACGCACUGGCUGCGUGAGCAGGUAUGCCCUGUGUCGCGUAGCCACCAGUCCCUACGCCAGCACUGAAACUGGGGGUACGCUGGAGCUGUGCACCUGAGAGACCCGGCAGUAGAUACUCCUUCAGUCUGCACCUCAUACCUCUUCUCGCAGCCUUCACAGUAACUCUGCGUUUUCCUCUUCUGCUAGGCUGCCUUCCUGCCCUUUGGGGCCAGCCUUUAGACUGAAACUGGUGAAAAAGGCACAAGUAUGGGGUGGUGAACGUGCGCAGAGAGCGGGGGCGUGGAGAUCCUGCUCUGAAACACCACUCUGGCUGUUGGGCUUAGACUUUUCAUUAAUUUCUACUUCGGCUUCUACUUCGGCCAUUUAACAGCUGUGCAGCAAAGACUCAGCAACUACUGAACUACCUUGGAUUCACAGUGACAGCGUUGCCUCAUUUUCAGGCUUUGAUCUUAUAUGCACCAGUGCAUGUAUCACUUCAUAUACUUUUGCACUUAACAGAAAAUGCAGGUUAGAUAGGCUUAGGGUGUGGCAAAAUUGCAAUGUUUGUACUUUUUUGUAAACAUGGGGAUGAUUCUACAAAGAUGCACUUUCAGGUAACGAUGAAAACAAGUUUGUAGAAUGCAACUGUUUAGGAGUUUCUCUGACUGCAGCGUUCCUUGAUCCCUGUCCAUCUCUAACACUGUGUUCUCCUUGAAAGCCUGCUUGGGAAUGAGAGAUGGUACCUUCCUCCCAUCGCUGUAUGUAUUUAGAGCUGACUGCCUGAAAGUUCGUGUAUAAACAAUUACAAAUUGGCUGCUAUUCUAAGAUUUAGGUUUAUUAGACUGAUUUUAUAAUGCACAAAAGUAAUGUUAAAGUUUUAUUUAUAAUGUCAACAUUUACUGAUCUGACACUUGGCUUGUAGGAGAGUUCCAGCUAUUUAAUGUAUUUUUUUUAACAGGGUAGCCAUUGUAUGUGUGGAAUGGAGUAAAACGAAUGCAAAUUACUGAUCUUAACCUGCAGUUAGACCAGCAGUUUCAAUGUUUACAGGACAGUGACUAUUGAUUGUAAACC